AUGGCGACUGUAGCCGUGAGAGCUGGCUCUAUGGCAGCCAAACAGGGGGCCAAGCAGGCGAUAAAGGUUGGGGCCAAACAGGGCGCAAAACAGGCGGCCAAACAGGGCGCAAAACAGGCGGCCAAACAAGGCGCAAAACAGGCGGCCAAACAGGGCGCAAAGCAAACCGUCAAAACAGGCGCCAAACAAACCGCCAAAACAGGCGCCAAACAGGCGAGCAAAAAAGGCGCCAAAAAAGGCGCCAAAAAGACGAUCAGCAAAGGAUCAAAACAGGUAUCUAAAGUAAGAGACACGGGUUCUGGAAAACCGGAAGAGGGCAAGAAAGCGGGCAAAGAAGAUGCCGAGAAAGAGGACCGACGAAAGGGGAAAAAAUCGGUCGCAAAAGAGACGAAGCAGAAGAAGAAGCAGAAGCAGAAGACGGCUGGCAGGGAGCUGGAGCAGGGCGAUGACUCAACCGAGACGACGACUCUGGAGGGAUCAGAUCUCACCACCAGUCUGGAGAGUGACAUCUUGACGUCUACGAGUCUGACCAGCCUGAAUGAAGGGCAGAUGUCCUCUUGCGCUUCGUACAGUCCCUCGAGUGUGGAUGUAGACUCUGAAGGACUUCCGAGCAGCCAGUCCACCGACGCCUCGGAGAUAGCCGUCUCUGAGUCCACAACAGACGACACAACUUUGCCGCCUCUUCCCAAAGGGAAUACCAAAAUGGCGCUGUCCUCGGACCAGGUCAAACAACGGCGCGACAGUCAUGGCAACAAGGCAAAAGCUGGAAUGUUGUUCGAAACAGCGAGGUCUUUGUCUCCACGAGCAGCUGAGACGAAUGGGAAGAAUAGGACGAAGAAGGAGGAGAUGUCUGUUGCUAGGCCCCGAGCCAAGGUGUAUCCGACAGGGAUACUGGAGGCUGUGGAGCCGCCGAUGCUGCUGAAGGCCGUGAAGACUCGACUCGCCUCGAUGCCGGACAAGACGCGGCGAGCCGCCGGCCAGUUGGUGGGCCAGGACAGAGAGCCGCUGGUCUCGGCUUCCGAAAAGACUUCUCCUCGGACCUCCGCCUCUCGGGCGUUCAGGAGCCCGGAUUCGAGUCUCACCUCUCCGCUGACCGGCGGCCUGACGCUCCGUUUGCCCGUGGCCACUCCAGACGCCGCGACGAGGCGCCCUCUUCAAGAGUCCAUCAGAGAGGCUGAUCGUUCGAUCACGCGUCAGUUGCCGGGCGACUCGAGGCCGCUAGCGGCAAACGAUGAGUCCAGGAUGCUGAGUCAAGCUCGGGGUCUGCUGGAGUCAGCGUUGGCCAGUGAGCGCGAGUUGGACUCCCUGUCCGACGCCAAGGCCAGCAUGAUGCUGUUCGACCUGACGAAGGAGGCCCUGUUGACGAACAUCAAAGCGGGCAGAGGCGGCAGUCCAUCGAAAAAAGACAGUUCCAAGGCUGAAUGGCUGCAGGCGCUCGAGAUGAUCAUGCGUCAACAGCGGCCCACUUUCAAAGAGCGCAAGCAGUGUCGUUGCACCCGAAUGAACCUUUCGACCCCACGCAGAAGACCCUCAAAUCGCCAUCGCCCAUCACGCCGUGAAGAGGCCUACGCGAGUCAUGAGGCCAGUGAUUCUGCCACCUCGUCAUCGGCCUCGACGACAUGUUGGGAUCGGUCGUGUCGGGUGAACAGGGAUCAGGUGAAGCGAUUGGGCGACAUUUUACGCUUGUUGACCGGCUCAAAGCCGGCCUGUUGCUCUGAACAGGCGGAGGCCAGGAAACGUCGGGUGAAAGAGACGAGUGUUUUGAAUCGGAUCGUCCGAAAAGUGGAGUCCAGCCUCUUACGACGUUUACAGCCGGUUGAUUGGAAAGAGGCAGCUGGCAGUGACUCGUGUCCGUGCUGUCAGAUCUAUCCGUUCGCGACUGUACCCGCGGAUCCGAUCUCUCUGGAGCCCUGUUGCGUUCCGCCAUGUGAAUGUCAAAUGUGCAACACCUGUAGCUCUCGGCCAAUGGACGACUUCUAUAAUUGUGCCUGUGGAUACACAAGGAUGGGACUGAAUUGA